AUGAUAGUCCUCGUAGCCAAAAGCGGCGAAUAUAGUAUUCAACGAGGAAGUCAACAUCUGCAACAACAAGCCCGGAAAACGGCAGUAAUAUCCACUGCGAAGAGCGAUGCCGUAGAUGCCGAGGAUAUGGCGGAAGUUCGGAACAGGAAACAUGAAGCGUUGCGACUUUCGCCCGUCGCCACGCGUGAUAUCUGUGUCCUCACGUUCAAAAUUCACCCAAUAUCAUUCAUCAUGUCGUUCAUUGACGACCUUCCCAUCAUGUCCAAUGGCAGCAAGGCCAUUUUUCAGACGAUGCCGAUUGAUAUCAUCUACAUCGUCUUCGACCAACUGGCUCUCCCAGAUGGGAGUCCCGAUAUUGAGACUUUGCUGGGUACUUUGCCCCAUGUCAGCAGUUCCAUAUCAGAGAAGGCUCUUAGUUAUAUCAAGAGCUAUUGGCAUCUGUCCACUUCAUCCGUCGUCCCCUUGAUUGAGUGA